AUGAUUUUAGAUCUCGAUAUGAAUCCAAUAAAAUCAUUUGAUUCAGAAACAGAAGUUCAAUCUUCUACAUGGGAUAUACUUGGAGUUGCUAUUGAGUAUCCAAUAAAAGAAAGUUCAGAUAAUUAUGAAGAUUUAAUUGAUUUUUACUUUACGGAUAACGAAGAAGAAGAGAAUAUCAAUUCUAUACAAGAUCAAAUAUCUUUACCACGUAAUAACAAAAGAAAAGACCAAACACAAGAUAUAACCGAUAAUUUACAUAAAAGUUCUAUUCAUAAACGUCGGAGAACCGACACUGGUUCAAAAUCAAAAGAAUUGAAUAUUCCUGACUUUGCGGAAAUCCAAACAACUACAAAUAUAUCUAAAAAAGUUGCAAACCAUGAAUAUCCAGAUGAUUUACAAGUACUCACCAAGGAAACAAAAGUUGAAGAAUGGAUAGCUUAUGCAAGAAAUAUUAUACACAAGAAGUAA